UAAUUACCUUGUGAUUUUUGAUAACAGAAUUUUUUGAAAAAUCUUUCAAGAAAAAUUUGAAAGUUUUAUCGUUUCUGCUGCUUUUUAAUUUUCCGAAAUAAUUUUGAACAGAUUUUGAAUUAAAGAUGAGCGUAUCAAAAAGGCUCAUUCAAGCUCCUAUGUAUUACAUACAAUGUGACUGGGAAGAUCAUCUAAAUAAAAUUUCCGGUGAAAUAUGGGUUUCAUGUAAAUACAAAGAACAACCCAGCAAACACGGUAAAUUGGUUCGAAUGAAUAUCUGCAGCGAUGCAGGCAAUCCAGCUGUUACUGCCACCGAAGAUUUCAACGUCAAUUUAUUAACCCAUAAUGCGAUUCAGAUCGGAUUGAAAGACUCAAAAUUCAGUUGUAUUUUUCUGGCACCCAGAAGUAUUUAUAGCAGUGUUCACAAGAAAAGUGUCACUAGUCUCGAUAUUGUAGAAGGAUCAAGCUGUGUUUCUGUUUCGGUCGAUGAUGAUUCUAAUGUCGCAGUGUGGCUCGCCGAUGGUGAACAUAAACUGAUUACGUUCACCGAACAUGUCGGUACUGUGUAUAAAUGUCGUUGGUUUCCUAGUGGCAAAGUAAUCCUAUCUUAUGGAGCUGAUAUGAAUCUAAAAAUAUGGUGUUCAGAAACUGGACGUUGUCCAGUAUCAUUAAAAGGUCAUAAAAAAGCUAUUACCGAUUCAGCUUUCGUUGAUCGAGGUCGAAAUAUCGUAUCGGUUUCCAAAGACGGUGUUUGUAAACUAUGGGAUUGUGGUGAAGCCAUUUGCAUAGACAAUCUGCUGGAAAUCAAUUGCUGUAUCAAUUGCUGCUCGAUCUCCACUUGUCCCAAUAAUUAUAGACUUCCUGAAAGUGGUUCUCCGCCUCACGAACGUGAAUCCGGAACUGACGAUAAAAUCGUUCUGACUGGUUCAGAAGAAGGCGACAUUCAUUGUAUCGGUAUUCGAAGCCGUAAAGUAUUAUUUUCACUGAAAUUACAAUCAGCUGUAAACUGCUGCUGUUGCAUUAAGCCAGGAAUAUUCGUAGCUGGUUGUCAGGACGGAAGCAUACAUCUGAUAUCGGUCGAAAACACCGAUCACAUUAUUACUUCGUGGUUAGAAACUAACAACCCUGCUCUUAGCAUAAUGCCCUACCAAGAAAAUGGAUUUUUUGUCGGCCAUAAUGAUGGCUCGUGUGUUUAUCGGUCCAUCAUUGAUCUCGAUUCCACCAUCAGGUUGAAUUUAACCGGACCCGACGGUGAUCCUAUUUACGAUAUAUGUUGUGAUAAUAAGUUUAUAUAUACUGCCUGUAGAGAUUCCUGUAUCAGGAAAUAUUCUCCUGAUUCUUAUAUCGUGAGACACUUUCAAUCUUGAAUGAUAUCUUGACCCUUGAAAGGUGUUUUUUUUUAUCUUACAUCUGUGAUUACUGUACCAAAAUUCGAGCCGAGGUGUUUUAUUAGAGCUUCAAAAUGAUUUUCAUCUUAUGAAUGGUCGGUUAAAAUUAAUUCGGCGCGAAUGAUCUGGAAUGAAAAGAAUAUUUCGAUUUUGACUGUAUUAUCUGCACGUUGCCGUCGAAAAAUGGUGAAUUUUUUUCAGUGCCUAAUUCUUCGUGAAAUGCCAGAUGAAAUUAUGAUUUAUUUUUCACGCACUCAACGUCCUUAAUUUUACGUAUUUAGAUGUAGGUAAUAAUUUGAAUAAAGAUCUAAUAUUGAU